AUGGAUCACGAAAAACCACAGGCUGUGUAUCCACAAGUUUACGAGUAUGAAGCAACUCCAACGCAGACUACCGCCAGUCCAGAGCCCAUGAUGCGACCCCCUUCCAUUGACGAGCUUGAAUAUGUGGAAGAUCGUAGGGAGAGGCGGGGUGACUCGCUGUGGAGGGUGUUGAAGGAAAGACAUGUCAGCAUGAUUGCGUUUUCUGGAACGAUUGGAAAUGGAUUGUUUCUUGGUAGUGGCCGUUCUCUGGCAUCUGCUGGACCUGGUGGCGCUGUCUUGUCGUACAUUCUGGUUGGAACCGUUAUUUCGUCCGUUAUCAGCUGUCUCGGAGAAAUGACUGCAUUGAUGCCUGUGAAUGCUCCUGUAAUGGAAUUCCCGCGACGCUAUCUUGAUCGGGGUGUUGGUUUUGCUGUCGGAUGGGUAUAUUGGUUCGCUUACGCUAUUCUCGCUGCCGACGAAAUUGUUGCAGUUGCUAACACGGUUGCGUUUAAAUACGAUGAUGGUAGAACAUACAUUAAUUGGGUCGUUGGAGGAGAAGUCGACGCUGCUGUCUGGAUCGCCCUUUUCCUCGUCAUAGUCGUUGCUAUAAAUAUGCUUCCGGUGAAGUACUUUGGAGAAUUCGAGUACGUUUUCGGUUGCUUCAAAUUGAUGUUCAUCGUCAUGCUCAUCGUGUUGAUGGUGUGUUUGGAUACUAUGCAACCGCGCAAGGGUGCAUACUAUGAUCAAGUUGUUGGCCCCAAAAAUUGGAAGGCCCCAUACACUUUCUUUAACAAACGGUACCGAGUGAGGAAUAAUGAUGGAACUCAGCGGUUUAUCGAGGGACAAAUUGGCAGCUUUUUGGGCAUCUGGACGACAUUUGUUAAUAUAAUGUUCGCUUACAUCGGAAUGGAUAUUGUUGCCGCGACCGCCGCCGAGAGCACUUCACUUGCAGACGCCGAGAGUAUGAAGAUGGCGGCCAGGAAGACAAACAUCAGAAUCGUCACACUGUAUUCGCUUGCAGUGUUAACAGCUUCGUUUAUGGUGCCAAUGGAUCACCCAUUUAUCAAUGGAGGAGGACAGUCAGUUGGAUCCCACUCGGUCUUUCUAAUCGCUGUUGUUGAAGCUGGCUUGCCAAUGGCUGCUCACUUCUUCAACGCUGUUUUCGUGUUCUCUUCGUUCACUUGUGCCAUUAACUCGCUAUAUGUUGCUUCAAGAGUUUUACAUACGCUGGCACUACGUGAACAAACUGGCCCGGAUUUCAUCACCUUGCGCUUGCAGCACACUCGAUCUGGCGUUCCUGUAAGAGCAGUUCUUGUGACGGCUGGCAUGAUGUUAAUCGGAUUUAUGGGGCGAACAGGAUCUCCUGGAGAGAGAUUGGGCGAGUUGGCAUCGAAUUGCACAGUCUCUUGCUUGAUUGUUUACACGGUCAUAUGCGCAACGUAUCUAUCAUUCUUCAAAACACUCGGAGAUGCCAAGUUGUAUGGUAAUGCUUCGGAAGCUCAGACUGCCAUGUACGACAGAGAUAACCCACGAUAUCCUUACAAGUCUCACGGACAAUGGCUGAAAGCCUGCUACGGACUCGUUUCGUGUCUUUUGCUUGUUACUUUCAAUGGAGUAGGAGCAUUUCUCGAGAAGCCAUUUGAUGUUCGCAGGUUCAUUGCUUCGUACAUCAGUGUUCCUGUGUUUAUACUUCUGCUAGUAGGCUACAAAAUUGGAAAGCACGGAUUUAGAUUUUCUCAAUGGGGACCAGAAAGAUCGAACGAUCUGCGAAACUGUAUUCAAGCAACAUCCGAAGUGAGAAAGGGUCGACUAGAAUUUCCCGAUGAGGGAUUUACAAAAGAAAACGGGCGUACAUUUGUUGAUUGGAUCUGGCGCCACGGACCGCCUGUCCGCUGA